AUGCUCGCUCCGCUCUCAUUGUUUUCCGUCAAUGCGGUCCUGAUCAUGGCCACCGACGACUGCUCGCGGAUAUUCGCAAAGUACUACUCUGCGCCGCACCCCCCAGCUGGCGCGGCAGCGGACUCGACAGACUACCCCGGUGCAAACCCCUACCCAGCCGUUAAAGACCAGAAGUCGUUCGAAAAGGGCCUGAUGGAGAAGACGAACAAGCAGUCGAGCGAUAUAAUACUGUACGACAACCGUGUUGUCGUUUUCAAGUUCGAGGGCGAUGUCAUGCUUUACGUCGUGGGCAGCGCAGAAGAGAACGAAGUCAUGCUCUAUAAUGUCUUUGUUACUCUCAGAGACUCGCUCAGUAUACUGCUAGGGGGCUCAACGGAUAAGCGCACCAUUAUCGAGAACUACGACCUUGUCUCCCUUGCAAUUGACGAGAUUAUUGAUGACGGCAUUAUCCUAGAGACGGACCCUGUCCAGGUUGCCUCCCGUGUCAGCAAGGCUCCUGCUCAGGAUGCACCAAACAUGAAGAACAUUGAUCUGUCUGAGCAGGGACUGUUGAACGCCUGGGAGUUUGGGAAAAGACGGCUUGCAGAACAGCUACGACAGGGUCUAUAA